AACUCUCCAAAACCAAAAAAAAAAAGAUAUUAACUAUGUCACAUGAAAACUUUGAAAUAUCUCAUCAUAUAUCUUCUUCUUUGAAAAAGAAAAAAAUGGCAGCUCUGGCAUCAAACCCUCAAAUGCUAACGAGACAAGGUCACAGUAAUUACAAGAAGGAACAAUUUUGGAGGAAAGAGAGUUUGAGUUUGGAGAAGAAGUGUGGGUUUUGUGUGAAGGUUUACAGUGAGAAGCUUGGGAGAUCACAAAUAGAGAAAGAGUGGAGAUUAAAAGCCUUCUGGUCAAACGUAUCACGGCCUGAGACUGUGGAGAUGGAACCCAUUAACGACGUUGAUGAGCUCGAUGCUGUUCUUUCUCACGCACGCAACCUCUCUCAGCCUAUCAUCAUCGAGUGGAUGGCUUCUUGGUGCCGGAAAUGUAUUUACUUGAAGCCUAAGCUGGAGAAAUUGGCAGCAGAAUAUAAUAACCGAACAAAGUUUUACUACGUGGAUGUGAACAAGGUCCCUCAAACCUUGGUGAAGCGUGGCAACAUUUCGAAAAUGCCCACCAUUCAGUUAUGGAAGGAAGAUGAGAUGAAAGAGGAAGUGAUAGGAGGUCACAAAGGAUGGCUUGUUAUUGAAGAAGUCCGAGAAUUGAUCAACAAAUAUGUUUGAUUCUUUUUUUUUAUUUAGCUGUACAGUCGUUUUUAUUUCCCUUUUGUUAUAUAUUAGACAUUGAGAAUGGAGAAAGAGAUUUUGUUAAAACAGAACUAAAAAUUGAUUUAAGUUUUAUUUUAGCUUCAAAACAA